AUGGCUCAGGACAAAAAAGACGUGGAGGCCCUCAGUGGGGCCCUCCAAAGAGUCACUGUUGAUGGAGGGGACAAUUCUUUGGCGGGUGUAGAGGAGUCUCUCUCCCCAUCAGAGAGAGCAGCAGUCCUUAAACUUAAACAGCUGCAGGGUUUACCGAAUUUUUGGCUGCGUGCAUUAAAAGCAAAUAGAUUAUUAGCAGAUGUAAUUGAGGAACAUGAUGAGGGUCCCCUCUCUUAUCUACAGGAUAUAAGAUGUGAAUGGUUAGUACCUAAGGAGGCAGCAGCAGCAGCAGCAGCAGGUGAUACAGCAGGAGCAGCAGCAGCAACUGCAGCAGCAGCAGCUGCAGCAGCAGCAGAAGGAGAGGAAAAUAAUACAACAAUUGAGGGUUUACAUGGAGAAAGUUUCCGAUUAGUGUUUACAUUUAGGGAAAACCCUUAUUUUUCUUCCUUAGUAUUAAAAAAAGAGUAUAUAUUAGGUGUAUGUACACCUAGCGGUGAUAAUAAAGGAGGAGCAGCAGCAGGAGGAGCAGCAGCAACAGCAGGAGCAGCAGCAACAGGUGCAGCAGCAGGUGCAGCAGAAUUAAUAAAAUGUAUUAGUAAUAAGAUAGAAUGGUAUAAGGAGAAGGAUAUAACAAAAAAAAUAAUAAUAAGGAAACAAAGGAAUAAAAAAACUAAACAAAUAAGAACAAUAACAGAGACUGUUAAUAAUAAUUCUUUUUUUAAUCUAUUUAAUUGUCAUGAUAUACCUUCCGAUGAUAAAUUACAACAAAUGGAUGAAAAAGAGGUCGAAGAAUUGCAGAUGGUUGUUGAGGCUGAUUACGACAUUGGCAUAACUAUCAGAGACAAGAUAAUUCCUCGUGCAGUUGAAUGGUAUUUAGGCCAAGUAGAUGACGACUCGGACUUUGAUGAUUAUGACAUAAAUGAUGAAGAAUUCGACAGCGAGGAGAGCGAAGAAGAAGAAGAUUCUUCGGAUGAAGAACCACCCAGAUCACACAAAGGGCACCAUCGCCAUUGA